GGAAGAGCCGUAGGGUGGGCGGCUCUUUGUCGAAGCUAGAGGACCGGCAGGCGGCAGCAGCAACUACGGCGGCGGCGGCAGAACCCAGCAGUGAUGUGGAGGUGGAGACCCACAGGAGCCCCGGAGUUCACCUGAGUUACCUCAGCAGUCACCAAGAGUGGCAAGGAAAGGAAGAAAGCCCUGAGUUGGGGGGGACCAGGAUGCCUGACCGGGACGGCUAUGCCAACGGCACUGGGAGCAGCGGGGGAGGCCCCGGAGGCAGUGGCAGCGAGGAGGCCAGUGGAGCAGGGGCAGGUGGCGGCGGGGCCAGCUCGGACGCCAUCUGCAGAGACUUCCUGAGGAAUGUGUGCAAGCGAGGCAAGCGCUGCCGGUACCGCCACCCAGACAUGAGCGAGGUGUCCAACCUGGGGGUGAGCAAAAAUGAAUUCAUCUUCUGCCACGACUUCCAGAACAAGGAGUGCAGUCGCCCAAACUGCCGCUUCAUCCACGGCUCCAAGGAGGAUGAGGAUGGCUAUAAAAAGACAGGCGAGCUUCCCCCUCGGCUGAGGCAGAAAGUGGCAGCCGGCCUGGGCCUCUCACCGGCUGACCUACCAAAUGGCAAGGAGGAGGUCCCCAUCUGCCGGGACUUUCUGAAGGGUGACUGUCAGAGAGGAGCCAAGUGCAAGUUCCGCCACCUGCAGCGGGAUUUUGAAUUUGAUGCUCGGAGCGGGGGCGGCUCUGGCGGGGGCGGCUCCACAGGCUCAGUGCCCCCUGGCCGACGUCACGAUCUCUAUGACAUAAUCUAUGACCUUCCCGACCGAGGCUUUGAGGACCAUGAGCCGGGCCCCAAGCGCCGGCGAGGUGGCUGCUGCCCUGCCGACGGCCCGCACUUUGAGUCCUAUGAGUACAGCCUGGCUCCGGCCCGCGGAGUGGAGUGCAGGCUGCUGGAGGAGGAGAAUGCCAUGCUCAGGAAGCGGGUGGAGGAGCUCAAGAAGCAGGUCAGCAACCUGCUGGCCACCAACGAGGUACUUCUGGAACAGAACGCCCAGUUCCGCAACCAGGCCAAGGUCAUGACCCUGAGCUCCACUGCACCAGCAACUGAGCAAACUCUAGCCCCCACCGUGGGUACUGUUGCCACUUUUAACCAUGGCAUUGCCCAGACGCACACUACUCUCAGCAGCCAGGCUCUACAGCCUCGUCCUGUUUCCCAACAAGAACUGGUGGCCCCUGCUGGAGCUCCAGCUGCUCCCCCAACUAAUGCUGCACCUCCUGCUGCUCCACCACCCCCACCCCCACACUUGACCCCAGAGAUCACGCCACUGUCAGCUGCUCUGGCCCAAACAAUCGCCCAGGGCAUGGCACCCCCACCUGUCUCCAUGGCUCCUGUGGCUGUCUCUGUGGCUCCUGUGGCCCCUGUGGCCGUGUCGAUGGCCCAGCCGUUGGCAGGAAUCACUAUGAGCCACACCACCACGCCCAUGGUGACUUACCCUAUCGCUUCCCAGAGCAUGCGCAUCACGGCCAUGCCACACUGAUGGGCCUAAUGGACACUCCCCUGGUGUAGCCUCCUAGGCCUGGGGUGGAGGGGUCCUUACCCACUCGCCUGGCCCUCCCAGGCCCUGUCUGAAGGGCUCAAGAACUAGGACGAGAGACUAAGGAGUAUGCUUCUGAGGAGAGGUUGGGCUGGUGUGUUCUCUCACCUCCCAUAGGCGGGUCCUCUUGUCCAUCUCCUUCAAGCCUCGCUGCAGUGCUCAGGAGUAGAAACUGAAGCCAGCAGAGAGGAAGGGCGGACUGAGGGCUGUGUCUGGGAGUUGGGGGCAUCCAUGGUCUUGUCCUCGCUUCUGCACAGCACAGGUGUCAGCAGUGGUUUUGGAAGAAAACAGAUGCCCUGCCCAGAGGGAGGACCAGGAAGCACUGGGAGGUGGGUGGCCGGAGGAGAAGGCCUGGCUGGAGCCUUCAGACAGUUUGGGGCCCAGCUGGGUUGGACAAUACAGGAGCUGCUCCUGGGCCCCUGGGAAGGCUGGGACCACAGUACUCCAGCCUGAAGACUAGGGGAGUGCUCAUCACCCUAGUUUGGCCUGGAAAUGGAUAGGGCAGGGCCCAAUACUUUCCAAAGAAAUAAAAAUAACAAUUAUUUUUACCUAAUGGAGGCAGUGAAAACAUGCUUAGAUAUUCUGUGUGGAAGUUGGGAGCAGUAAGCAGAUCCCCAGAUCCCGUGCCAAAAUGGGAUGAAGACCCCACCCUCCCCUUGCCUGGGCAAGUUGUAUGGAGGCCAGUGGAGAAGGGUAGGGACCCAGAAGAUGACCAGAUGGGGCUCUGGGGAAGGCACUUGGUGGGUAAAAGCAUUGGAGCCACCAGGUCUAGUUUAAAAAUAGCGCCAUCUGUUUCUGGUCUCUGCAUGUGCUGUUCCCAGGUUGCCUUAGUAACCAGGGCUCCUAGGGUCAUUGAGGGGGGCAGGUACUAAGAAGGAUACACGUGGUGAGGAAUGGGGCCGGGAUGUUACGCACUUGACAGAGCCUUCUCACUCAGAGCAGGGCAGGUGGCUGUUUUGCUCGGAGUUGUUGAUGGCAGUUAAAGUCCCUCCUGUUCGUCCUUUCCUCAGUGGCCAAUGCCUUAAGCCUCCAAGGCUUCGGAGGUGCUGGGAAAAGGGAGUUCUUCUGGGGACACAGUCCCCAGGAUUUGUCCCUCUCUUCCCUCUGUCUCCACAGGACCAGAGAUUUAAAUCCACUUAUGGGUCAAUAAGGCCAAGAGCCCCAAUAGCCAAACAUCAGCUCCUCCUCAGCUCACGGCUGAUGGAGGGGAACAACUCAGGUGUCCCUAGUUUAAUGGGGGCAGUGGACCUGGGGUAGAGAGCGGCCGUGUGCUGUGCUCCCCCAGAGUAUCUCCUGCUACCUCUUGCUCUCUUGUCUGGUUGAUCACUCAGGUUACAACGUCUGAGGCUGAAGAUGGUGGGCUAGGUCAAGGCUGGCCAUUAAAAAGACUAAAAGGGGAAAAACACUGUUGAUGGGUUUUUUAGAAACACCACAUUGGUAAGCUUAAUGUUGGUUUUCUGGCAAAAUUCUGGAUUAUUAAAAGAGAUGGUUUAUGAGCAUUAAGGGGAGAAUGUGGUCAUGGAUACCAGCAUGAGUUCUCAGUGAAAUCUUAACUGACUCUUUCUUCCUUCGUGCCAAGUAUCUCCAGGGUUAAAUUUGGGAAAACUGUAGACAUCCUGUGUCUUAGUGCUCUCCAGCUGAAGACCUCCAGCCACACACGUGUCCGGAACAAGCUGAAUUGUAUACUCCUUGCAGCAGGGAGAGGGCACACCACGGGAAGUCGUGGUGUGUGUUCCCAGGAGCACGGUAGAAAGGACGUGGAGGACAGGGACUUGGCUGCUCCUGUGGCGCGGAUGCUGUCGGGGGAAGCAGGACCAGGACUCUGGUCUUCCCUAGUCCUCCAGGAAGGCAGGCUGCAGCGCACUAGCUCUGCAGGCACUUGGCGAUGAAGCAGCCGCUGCUCAUUAGCUGGGAGAGGGGGACGUUCGCUGUUUUGUGGUUUGCACGCUGACCUUGUUUUGUGCUUAAACAAAAUUGUGAGGUGAUUGUGCGUGUGUGUCUCACUUCAUCACAGUCACUGAGUGGCCUUGUCGUGUUUGUCUCACUUCCAUCACAGUCGGUGAGUGAACUUGUUUGAUGAAAUGAUUUGUGUCCAACAGAAGAACUUGGCUAGCUGUGAGCCCAGGUCGGCCCUAACAGCUCUGAAGCCUGGCUGUGUCGGGCCAGUAAACAGCUGCUUCCCUUUCACCUCCAAGUCAUUGCAGAUACAGAAAAAAUACCAGUCAGUUUAUGAGUAGCUCUUGAUGAAAUCUGAAUAUCGGGGGGGAAAAAAGCAGGCCGGCGCCAUGGCUCAACAGGCUAAUCCUCCGCCUUGCAGCGCCGGCACACCGGGUUCUAGCCCUGGUCGGGACGCCGGAUUCUGUCCCGGUUGCCCCUCUUCCAGGCCAGCUCUCUGCUGUGGCCCGGGAGUGCAGUGGAGGAUGGCCCAAGUGCUUGGGCCCUGCACCCCAUGGGAGACCAGGAGAAGCACCUGGCUCCUGGCUUCGGAUCAGUCCGGUGCACCAGCCGCAGCGCGCCGGCCGUGGCAGCCAUUGGAGGGUGAACCAACGGCAAAGGAAGACCUUUCUCUCUGUCUCUCACUCCCACUGUCAACUCGGCCUGUAAAAAAAAAAAAAAAAAAGCGAACAUUUGUACCUAGAAAAUGCUAGUGCGGUCGUGUAAGAGUAAUCUAAUAUGUGCAAGGGCUAUGUUUUAUUGAAAAAUGAAACAUCUUGGAUAGAAAUGUUGAAAGCCCAUGUACUCAACUGUAACACAAGGAAGUACUAAACAGUAUUCAAAUACGUCUGUAACUUGAGUUGACUCAAACACUGCAUCCGUCUCCCUGAAAAUGUUGCUUAGGGAUAAAGCCUUGAGCUGGUCUGAGAUAAUUAGCGAUCUACACUAGCACUCAUGUGAGCACAACCUGGGACUGCCAGUUGACUAUAAGAAUCACCCCAGUCCUGUCAGUUCCUAACUACGGAGGGGGUCUGCUGUGCUCUGGGCAGCUUCCUAGGGCCUCCGUAAGGGUGCUUAAACCUUAGUCGUGGAUUGUGCUCGUUGUAGCUCCUAUGAUCCGCUUAAGUGGAACCGCUCCAAAGUAUUGAGUGUUCUUAGAAAUGUAAUAUGUUUUUUUAAAUUUAUUUGAAAGGCAGAAGGGCCGGUGCCGUGGCUCACUUGGCUAAUCCUCCGCCUGUGGCGCCAGCACCCCAGGUUCCAGUCCUGGUUGCUCCUUUUGCAGUCCAGCUCUCUGCUGUGGCCCGGGAAGGCAGUGGAGGAUGGCCCACGUGCUUGGGCGCCUGCACCCGCAUCGGAAACCAGGAAGAAGUGCCUGGCUCCUGGCUUCGGAUCGGCGUAGUUCUGGCUGUAGCAGCUAUUUGGGGGGGUGAACCAACAGAAGGAAGAUCUUUCUCUGUGUCUCACUGUCUUAACUCUCAAAUAAAUAA